AGAGAGGCAUCAGGGACAGCUGGAGACAUGCAGAACUGCCAGAUGAAGAAAAUAAUGAUGAGGAUUAAGAUACACAACACCUUAGUCAGACAGUGUCUGGGAGAGAUCAUUGGCACUUUUGUUCUUAUGCUGUUUGGCUGUGCGGCAGCAGCUCAGGUGAAGACCAGCAACCAGAUGAAGGGGCAGUAUCUGUCAGCCAACCUGAGCUUUGCUGUGGGGGUCAUGUCCGCCAUGUACCUCAGCAUGGGGGUGUCGGGUGCUCAUCUGAACCCUGCAGUGUCUCUGAGUUUCUGUGUGUUGGGUGAGCUUCCCUGGCACUGCCUUCUGCCCUACUCUCUGUCUCAGGUGCUAGGUGCCUACCUUGCCUCUGCAGUAGUCUACACCAUGUACUAUGAUUCUAUAAUGCAAUACAGUGGUGGGGUUCUGACUGCUUAUGGUCCUAAUGAAACUGCGUCCAUCUUUGCCACAUACCCCACACCAGGGACGUCCCUACAGACCAACAUCUUUGACCAGGUGGUUGGCACCGCUACGCUACUGUUGUGUAUCCUGCCCCUAAGUGACAAAAGGAACAGACCUGCUCCUGAUGCCUUGCUCCCUCCCAUUGUAGCAGCUGUAGUUUUGGGAAUAGCCAUGGCCAUGUCCUCAAACUGUGGUGGAGCCAUAAAUCCAGCAAGGGAUCUCGGGCCUCGGCUGUUCACUCUCUCAGCAGGCUGGGGCACUGAAGUCUUUACGUGCUAUGAUUACUUCUUCUGGGUGCCACUGCUGGCUCCUCUGCUUGGGGCUUUGAUAGGCUGCUUUUUCUACCAAGUCUUCAUUCAGUGGCACCUCCCUGACCCAGAAACAGUCGAAAGUCAAUCUCAGGAUACUGAAGUUCACUUAAAAGCAGUUGCCUUGUAA